CACCUCUGCAGCCGAGAAGGAGAUGGGAGGAGCAGAGCAAAGGGAGAAGCAGUACCGAGCCCAUCGGGGAUUCGGGGAUCGCCGCGGUGGGGUCAUCAGUGCCCGCACGUAUUUCUACGCUGACGAGGCCAAGUGUGACCAGCACAUGGAGACUUUCCUCCACUGCAUUGACGCCUCAGGUGGCAGCUCAGAGGACGGCUUCUCGGCCAUCAAGCUGACGGCGCUGGGCAGACCUCAGUUCCUGCUGCAGUUCUCAGAGGUGCUGGUGAAGUGGCGGAGGUUCUUCCACCAAAUGGCCGCAGAGCAGGGCCAGGCUGGGCGGGCAGUGCUGGAGAUGAAGCUGGAGGCGGAGAAGCUGCAGGAGGCCCUGGCCAACCUCGGCAUCGCGACCAAGGCGGAGAGCCAGCACUGGUUCACAGGCGAGAACCUGGGUGUAAGCGGCACUGUGGACCUGCUGGACUGGAACAGCCUGAUCGACAGCCGCACCAAGCUCUCCAAGCUGCUGCUCGUCCCCAACAUGCAGACUGGGCAGCUGGAGCCUUUGCUCUCACGCUUCACUGAGGAGGAGGAUCUGCAGAUGAAGCGGAUGCUGCAGCGGAUGGACGUCCUUGCCAAGAGAGCCACGGAGAAGGGCGUGAGGCUGAUGGUGGACGCGGAGCAGAGCUACUUCCAGCCAGCUAUCAGCCGCCUCACCCUGGAGAUGCAGCGCCGCUUCAACAGGGAUCGGGCGAUCAUCUUCAACACCUACCAGUGCUACCUGAAGGAGGCUUACGACAAUGUGACGGUGGACGUGGAGCUGUCACGCCGGGAGGGCUGGCACUUCGGCACCAAGCUGGUCCGUGGUGCCUACAUGGAGCAGGAGCGGGAGAGGGCAGCCCAGAUUGGCUAUGAGGAUCCCAUCAACCCCACCUAUGAGAAGACCAACGAGAUGUACCACAGGUGCCUGGACUAUAUCCUGGAGGAGAUCAAGCACAGCCGCAAAGCCAACGUGAUGGUGGCAUCUCACAAUGAGGACACGGUGAAGUUCACCCUGCACAGGAUGAUGGAGCUCGGGAUCCAUCCCUCAGAGAAGAAGGUGUACUUCGGGCAGCUGCUGGGCAUGUGUGACCAGAUCACCUUCCCCCUGGGUCAGGCUGGCUUCCCCGUCUACAAGUACGUGCCCUACGGCCCAGUGAACGAGGUGCUGCCCUACCUGUCCCGGAGAGCCCAGGAGAACAGGGGCUUUGUCCAGAGGGCGAACCGGGAGCGGGACCUUCUCUGGAGGGAGGUCAAGAGGCGGCUCCUCGCGGGCAGCCUCUUCGGCCCCAGCCACUAACCCCAACUGUGGCAUCCAGCCCAGGGUCUCACGUACCUUCACCUAUAACCACUAUUGCCAUUCCCUGUCCUAGUUCUGCUGCAGUUUCCCCCCCCCAGCACCCUUUGCCCUGGGAGGGGAAGUGUCCUUGUUGCUGUUUGAACCACAUACACCUUCUGGAGGUCACUACCGUAGGGUUGCCCCAGCUGGCACUGCCCUAAGGGAUGUCCCUCUGCCAUCCCAGGGGCUCUUGAGCUGUGCUUGCCCUGGGCUGUCUCUGGGGGGAGAGAGAUGCUGGCGUUCCCCUGCCAGCCUUCCCCCACGUUGGUGAAUGCUGUCCCAGGGUCUUCCCCUUGUGGGAUUGCACAGGGAGAUUUGGCUGCCUGCUUUGUGCCACGGGCUCAGGUCCAGGGCGGGCUGGGUGGCUCGGGGACAAGCUGGCCUCAGCCAAAAGCUCCUCCAGCCUCUGCCAGGGCUGGGGCUUGGUCUCUUCCAGCUCCAUGGAGGCAGAUGCCAAAGCAGAGGCCGCAGUGACGUGUGAAGGGUCACUGGGCAGGGGCAGAAUGAGUCCCUGCCGCCUGUCCCAGGGCAGCCACUACCUGGCUGCUCACCAGUUUUGCACAGACCAGAGCUGGGCAGGUCCUGGGCAGGACCAGGCUCUCUCCCCAUCCCACCGCCCUGAGCAGAGCCAAAGCUGCCCAGGGUUGUCCAUCCUCAGGCACACGUCCAGUGGGGCAGGAGGGGCGAGAGGAGCUGGCCGGCCCCAUCCCCAUGCUGUUCCUGCCCUGCCCACAGUCCCCGGCUCUGAUGCUGGACCAGGUCUGCUGCAGGCAGGGGUGGUGGCCACAUGGGAGCACCAGGAGCCGGACCGCAGCUCAGCUCUGCCAUACACUGGAUUUGUAGAGAAUGGUGAUGAUUAAAUCAUAACUGUUUUUG